AUGGCCGACUCUCUGCUUGCGCGGAAGUAUAUUGACGGCAUAUAUAUCCCGGUUGGCCUGCUCGUCCUCGGGACCUCCAUCGUGAAGCGGGAGUGGACGGUGUACGCCCUGCUGCUGGGGAUCGCUCUCGGCGCGGUCAAAUACAUAAAAUCUGCACCCAAAAAGGUCCUCAAGCCCGAUGUUUUCCAAGAGUUCGAGCUCAAGGAGAAGACCAUCAUCUCGCACAAUGUCGCCAUCUACCGCUUCGCCCUCCCGAGCCCGACCUCCAUCCUCGGCCUGCCCAUCGGCCAGCACAUCUCCAUCGGCGCGACCCUGCCGCAGCCCGACGGCAGCAGCAAGGAGAUCGUGCGGUCCUACACGCCGAUCUCGGGCGACGACCAGCCGGGCUACUUCGACCUCCUGAUCAAGUCGUACCCGCAGGGCAACAUCUCGCGGCACAUGGCCUCGCUGGCGGUCGGCCAGACGAUCCGCGUCAAGGGCCCCAAGGGCGCCUUCGUGUACACGCCCAACAUGGUGCGGCACUUCGGCAUGAUCGCCGGCGGCACCGGCAUCACGCCGAUGCUGCAGAUCAUCAAGGCCAUCGCGCGCGGCCGCAAGGCCGGCGACACCACCCAGGUCGACCUCAUCUUCGCCAACGUCACCGAGCAGGACAUCCUGCUGCGCGAGGACCUCGACCAGCUCGCGCGCGAGGACAAGGGCUUCCGCGUGCACUACGUGCUGGACAAGCCGCCGGCCGGCUGGCAGGGCGGCGUGGGCUACAAAUGGCUGCCCAAGCCUGCCGACGACGUCAAGAUCCUGCUGUGCGGCCCGCCGCCCAUGAUCAGCGGCCUGAAGAAGGCCACAGAGAGCCUCGGCUACAAGAAGGCCAGGCCCGUGAGCAAGUUGGAGGACCAGGUGUUCGCCUUCUAA